AUGACAAUUCUUGAACCCACGCCAAAGCCUUUGGCAGAUGCAGCCAGAGCGGACCUCAGCAAACGAUCGAUUCCUCAUAUGGUGCUCAGCACAGGAGAUGAUACCUCACUGACUGCACCUCCUUCUUUCGACCUCGGUGCCACGCCCACAGCAUGUGCUCUGGGAAGAUUCAGAGUGCAGGGCAAUGCAAUCGUUACUGGUGGCACAGGAACUCUCGGUUUCGCAGCUUCGAGCGCACUACUGGAACAUGGUCUCUCUGGACUUGCCAUCUUCGACGUCAAUGCGAGUCAAGCUGACCAUCAGCUCGCACUGUUGAGGAAGCGCUUCCCGCAGUCUGUAAUCACUUGCUUCCAAGUCGACGUCACAAACGACUCAGCUGUACAAGAGGCAGUCGAUGCUGCAGCGACGACACUCGGUACGAUAGAUCACCUUCUCUGCUUCAGUGGUAUCGUUGGCUGCGUCGACGCCCUAGACAUGACUGCCGCUCACUGGCGUCGCAUCUUGGACGUCAACACUACUGGCUCAUUCUUGUGUGCUCAAGCUGUUGCCAGGAAGAUGGUAGAUCAGGGUACCGGAGGAUCAAUCAUCUUCACAGCCUCAAUCUCUGCUCACAGAGUCAACUACCCUCAACCUCAAGCUGCUUAUAACGUAAGCAAGGCAGCACUCAUCACGCUGAAAAACUGUCUGGCAGCCGAGUGGGCCCGCUAUGGUAUCAGAACCAAUUCUGUCAGUCCUGGGUAUAUGGACACUAUCUUGAACGACGGACCAGGAAUCGCUGAGGCAAGGAAUAUCUGGGCUGAGCGGAACCCUACUGGGCGUAUGGGCACACCUGACGAGCUUACAGGUGCAAUUGUCAUGUUGUCGGCUGUGACAAGCUCGUACAUCAAUGGUACGGAUAUCGUGGUUGAUGGUGGAACAAUCGUCUUCUAG